AUGGCUUUGAUGGAGAACAUUUCAGAGGCAACUGGGUUCAUUCUUGUGGGGUUAACAGAUGCCCCAAAGCUGCAGGUCCCUUUAUUUGUCAUUUUCACUCUCAUUUAUUUGAUCACACUAUGUGGGAACCUAUGGAUGAUUGUGCUGAUUCUUCUGGACUCCCGACUCCACACUCCCAUGUACUUUUUCCUCAGUAACCUCUCCUUCGUGGACUGUGUUUAUGCUUCGGCAGUCACUCCCAAGGUAAUGCAAGGGUUUCUCACAGGAGACAAGGUCAUAUCCUACAGUGCGUGUGCUGCCCAGAUGUUCUUCUUUGCAGCCUUUGCUACUAUUGAAAGUUUCAUCCUGGCCUCAAUGGCCUUAGACCGUCAUGCUGCAGUGUGCAAACCCCUGCAUUACUCCACCACUAUGACAAGUCCUAUGUGUAUUCUAAUGGUAACUGUCUCCUACAUUUGUGGACUUGUGCAAUCCUCCAUCCAUGUUGCCUUCACCUUCCACCUCUCCUUCUGUCAUUCCAAUGUGAUUAAUCACUUUUUCUGUGACAUCCCUCCACUGCUGGCCCUUUCUUGUUCUGAUAUUCAUGUAAACGAGAUUACAGUUUUUAUAUUGGCUUUAUCUGAUGUUAUUGUCACUCUGUUCAUUAUCUUGUACUCCUAUCUGCUUAUUUUCAUCACUAUCCUGAGGAUGCAUUCAGCUGAGGGACGGAAGAGGGCUUUCUCCACCUGUGCAUCCCACCUCACCACUGUGUCUAUCUUUUUUGGAGCGAUAACCUUCAUGUACUUACAGCCCAACUCCAGUCAUUCUAUGGACACUGACAAAAUUGCAUCUGUGUUUUACACUAUGGUUAUUCCCAUGCUGAACCCUCUCGUCUACAGUCUGAGGAACAAAGAGGUCAAGAGUGCAUUUAAGAAUGUUGUGAGAAAAUCAAAGUCAUAA